UAGAAAAAGUCCAGAAAAGUGACUUGCAGUCGGACAUUGAUGUCCUUACAAUAGCCCAAUCAAUGGAUGUAAAUCAGUUCUAUGACAUAGGCGUAGCUCUUGGUUUCACCAUUGCUGAACUGGAUCGCAUAGAGUACAGGAGAUUCAAUGAUAGACAACAAGCUACCUAUGACAUGCUGUUGAUAUGGAGAGGGAGACAAGAAUCUAUCCUAGCAGCAAAGAACACACUCAUUACAUUCAUGGAAUCUUUCCAAUCAUCAGCAACUGAUGUAUCUAUUUCAGACAUUGGACCGAAUGGAGAGAUUCCUGAUAGUAUGUUGUUACAAGUUGCCCGUUGCAUCAGCAAAGAAAAGUUUUAUGAGAUUGGCAAUCAACUGGGAUUUGACAGGACAGAAUUACAGCACAUCGAACAUCGAUCGUUGUACAAUAGAAAGGAUGCUAACAUCCAAAUGCUAUCGAUUUGGAAGGCAUUCCAAACAUCAAUGGAUAAAGGAGAGGAGAAACUGCAGAUGGUCUGGAAAUCUGUUACCGAAACGUCUCAAGCGACUUGCACGAAUGAUGCUGAGGAUGAAAAAGAGGAAACUGAUGGUGAGACCCCUCUGAAGCCGGAAGAGAAUCACAACCCAUCACCUCAACAAGGAUCAGAACUAGAUGAAGACAAAUACCAUGAAGAAUGGAAGAUCAUCGAAUACACAGAGUCAGACCAAGAUGGAACUGUUGAAGACAUCGACGCGCUUGGGGGUUCACCGAGUAAUGGCGAACUGUGUGGAGCCGUUCGCCUGGUUGGGAAUCUAAAUACGGCUCUCGACCUCAGUAGAGCUCUCCGUGUCGACGAAAACGACAUUAUAGGUCUUAUAGCUCCUUCCAACCCUGCACUAAUGGAAAGACUAGCAUGGCAACUCAUCAACCAAUGGUAUAGACGUUUAGGAAAACAGGAGAAGGAAGAGAAGUUGGCUAGGCUUCUGCAAGGAUAUAACAUCGAAGAAACUCAAACAGAUAUUUCUGAAAUCUCCAAAAAGAUUCACACGAAUCCAGACCUCCUACACCUCUCACAGUGGCUGGGUCUAUCAGCUUCCGAAAUUCUGAAGGUGAUGGCGUCAUGUCUGUCCUUGGAACCUGCCAUGAUACGUCAGGUUGCUCUACAGAUUCUUCAGAAAUGGACACAACAAGGAGGAACAAGACUGAGGUUGCUUGAAAUUGCUAGAGCUUUUCAUUUUAACGAUGCUGCAGAGCAGAUAGCCACAGCAAUUUCACAACAUCCAGGCUUCCCGGAUCCGUUUUCACAUGCCACCAUUGAUCACAAUGGUGGAGAGUUGAAGCUUGAUUGCCUUGGAAUCAGAGUAUCCAUUCCUUCGGGUGCGAUCUCAAAAGGAAUGAGAUCAAUUGCUACUUUAUGUGUCCCUAGGAGUAAUUCAUUUAACAUUCCCCUGGAUAAUGGAGAGGUUCUCGUGACACACAUCAUCCGAUGUUCCUUCUCGCAAGAGCUUCGUAAACCCGCGGCUGUGACGCUUCCACACUGCAUCCUCUCAGAUCGAUAUCAACAGAAGAAGGAAGACUUGUGUUUCAAGUUAUAUACCAAACUAGGACAAGGACAAUUUGGUUGCAGGGCUAUUGAAUCAUCGAAAGGUUUUGAGAUCUCAGAAGACAGGAUUACGUUCUCGACACGUCAUCUUCAGUACUUCGCUUUGUCUUCGAAUGAUGUCCGAGGAAUUCAGUUCAUCUGUGAGGUGUCACAACCUCUCUUCAAGUGCAACACUCCACAGCCCACUCUACGAAUCCGCAUAGCACAUCCUUACAACAAAGACUCUGUAGAGUUUCGGCAAAGAAAUGACAGCCGUUCGCAAGAAAUCUUCUACCAAGUUACGAAUGUUAUCAAAUUCACUCUGGAUUCAGCAGAAGACGAUAUAAUGCUAUUGUGUGUUUCUGACUCAGAGAAGACACAGGAAACCGUUCAUGUUGGUUCCCUACUCUCAGGAGGAUGUAUUAUAGCACACUUCAAUCUCCCGCCCUCUAGCGGCCAGAAAAGUGUCAGUGUCUGCAUUGAGCAGGGUUCAUCCACACUGGCAGAAGGAGAAAUACACAUUUCUAGUGAAGUGGAACCUAACUACGAACAGACUCACAGAAGAGGUAGAAUACGGUUCGUUUCGAACCACAUGCUGCAUAUGCUUUCUGGUUUAGUGUGUCAAAUAAAGGAGGCCUGUGAGCUUGGCUACAAACUCGGCCUAUCCUACUCAACGGUGGAGAAAUACCUCGUCAGAGCAGACUCUUCGGCCAGGAGUGUCUCAAGAUCAGGUCUCAAAGAAAUGCUUAAGGAUUGGAGAAGGCGUGUUCGACCUAGUGAGCAGGUUAACAAACUUCGCCUUGCAUUAGAGGCCGCAGGAUUAAGACGUGAAUCGGAAGUUAUCUUUCAAGAAAAUUGAAAUGAAGUCGGUCGCCAUUUGACACACUGAACAUCUUAGAGCAUUUUGUACAUUCGGAAAUACACACUUGAAGAAUUGUGUACAAGGAUUUUUCUUCUACGACUUCUUUUUCGCACAUGGACAUAUAACAUUGUGUGAAAAGCUUUGCAUAAUUUCAGAAAUUAUGUUUGCAUCAAUAUGAUUUAUUUUGUUCUCUUUUUCUUUCUUGUAAUACAUGUAUGUACGCAUAUAAUGAAUAAGUCAAUUAUAAUUUCUU